AAUUUAACAAAUAGUUCCUUUUUUUCUUGUUCAACCAGUCCCUCUCUGUUCCAUAGCUGCACAUACAUUUCCAAAGCUCUGCAACUCUCCCCACUUGUCAUGUCCAUGGCCUUUUCAAGAAAUCUUCUUUUCUCUCCUUCUCUUCCUUCAUCUUCUCCUCCUCUUGUCCCUCUCUUUCUCUACUCUACCUUGUACCCACCAAGACAAGCACAAAGCUUUCUCUUCUCUCCCUUCUCUUAAAACCCUCCAACACCUGCAUCACCUAGUCUGUUCUACCAACUAGGCUUGCGUCUUUCCAGUUCCUUUUUCGUGAGCUUUUGCUUUUGUGGUCUUAAUUAUAGAUGCCCAUUUCAAAUUUGUUCCAAUUCUCUUGGAAAAAGCAGUCAAGGCAAUGUCUUUGAUGCUCUUUGGGCUUUCACGCUGAUACCGAGUUCUAUUGAGUAUAGGGUGUUCUGAUCUGCCUUUAGGCCAUCAAAAUGCAGGUUUUUGUGGCUUCCAUGAAGGUUUUUGACAUCCGCAGUUCUUGUUUGGUGUAGUUCUUCCAAGUCUCAGCGGAAAAUUUCAUGGUAGAGUUACUAGUGAUCAAAUUGUGCAUUGGUUGAACGGUAUAGUCCUCCUGAUUAUGUAUGGUUGCUGAUCCUGAAGAUUAUUGAACAAAUUUGAUUGUUAUUUGAACCUUUUGCUACGUAUUUGGGGGCCUUUUCAGCUGUAAAGUCAAGACUUUUGAUCUGCUUAGGUUUCCAUGCCCUAAGCUCUCCUAUUUUCAGGCAGCCAAGUCAUGGAGAUUUGAACCCUUUUGCUAUCUUUCAUUUUGCGCAUCUUCAGCUAUGUGAUUAGAACUUCAAGUGGGUUUCGGGUGUUUUGUCAACCCCUCUUUGUGCGUUCUGUCAAAAUGUCUGGAAAUGGUCACUGUUUUGUGGAGUGGAAAGAGCACUUUGUUUCACAGGAGAGGGGCAACCGUGUGGUUCACUAUUUCUUGAAGGAUUCUGCUGGAGAAUCCAUUCUUGCAGUUGUGGGUACUGAGAGGAGUGUUAGGCACAUGUUCUAUGUUGUUUCUGAGGAAUUUUUGUAUGUGCACGGAAAGGAAAGCUCCACUAAUGCUAACUUUAAAUGGAGGUCAAGAAGAGAGGUUGUGGAUUGGCUUACAUCUAUGCUGUCAAAGCAGCAUAUACAUGCAGAUCUAUCCGAAUCACCCCAACAUGAUUCGUCACAAGCUUCGGGGACUCCUGAAUAUCCAAUGAAUGGAGUUAGUGCCCCCCAGACCCAUGGCCGUCUUUCAAAGAACUUCAAGGGACAGAGUCCAGCCAUUGUUUGGUCAGGUGUUGCAUGGACAUGUGGUAAACAGCUCAAGCAUUUUCCUGCAUUCUGUAGGGAUGGGAUUACAAUAGCGAUUAAGUCCUUUGUCUUUGUCAUGGCAAAGGGAGAAAAUCACUAUGUUGCUUAUAUUGAAGAUAUGUACGAAGACAAGAGAGGUCAAAGAAAGGUUAAAGUGAGGUGGUUUCAUCAUAGCCAGGAAGUCAAGGGGGUAACUCCUCUAAGAAAUCCUCACCCAAAGGAAGUUUUCAUCACACCAUAUGUGCAGGUCAUUAGUGCAGAAUGUGUUGAUGGUCCUGCAACAGUCUUAACCCGUGAACAUUAUGAAAAAUGCUUAGCUGUGUUUCCUAGGGCUUUAUUGGCCAGAGUACAUCUUUGUUGUAGGCAGUUUAAAAGUAACAAGGUGAAGCCAUUUGAUUUGAGUAAAAUGAAUGGCUAUUUCGAUCAGCCAAUUCUCUCUUGUUUGGGUCCCAACUUUUCAGCAAAAUCUGAGUUUAUAAGUGAUAGCCUGAUUGGGGAAGAAGAUGAAUUGGGUCCAAGUGAGUAUGUAAAAUUAGGAUCUAAGAGGACUAGAAGUGGAAGGCCAUGCCCGAGGUUUGCAGCUAAUCAUUCAAGAGCAAGAAGUUCUACAAGAGAUAGCCAGAUGAUGGCAUAUAGACCUCUUCAGAAAUCAAAUUAUGGUUCGCUAGACAGGAGACUGUUUUCCAUGAAGCUUGUUGAUUAUCAGCCUUGGUAUACCCCACUCUUUAAGGUUGCUGAAAAGAUAGAAUUGCUAUGCCAAGAUAGUGGCAUACGAGGCUGCUGGUUUAGGUGUACAGUCUUGCAGAUAUCACGAAAACAGGUGAAAGUCCAAUAUGAUGAUUUGCAAGAUGAGGAAGGAUGUGGCAAUCUUGAGGAAUGGAUCCCAGCUUUUAGACUGGCUAUGCCUGAUAAGCUUGGUAUAAGGCAUCUAGGCCGCCCAAUGAUCCGGCCAGCCCCUCCUAAGGAACAAAUGGACCUUGCUCUCGAGGUUGGGGCUGCAAUUGAUGCAUGGUGGAGUGAUGGCUGGUGGGAAGGGAUUAUCACUGGAGUUAGCAGCUGUGGUGAUAACUUUCAAGUUUUCUUUCCUGGUGAAAGCUUACUCUUGAACAUGCACAAAAAGGAUCUGAGAAUAUCAAGAGAUUGGUUGGGGGACCAGUGGGUUGAUGUUGAGGCAAAGCCUGAUGUACUUUCAGCCAUAUCUUCAAAAAUUAGCUCAUGCACUCGUCCCUUUACAUCGUCCACUGUUGCCAAAGAUGUCAACACCGAUGGUUUAGCUUUGUCGUAUAUCAAAGUUCCUUCCAGUACUAAACAUGUUGAAGAGGAAAAACUGAACUUGGAUGCAUCUUCCAGUUAUGAUGCUCCUGAAAAUAUGGACUUGGUCAAUGAUAAGAAGUCCCCAUCAUUAAAAGACAUUGGUACUGAAGGUGUUGAUGUCAAUGACAGUUGUGGUGAUGCACAGGAUGUCCAAGGUAAUGAUGAUGAUGAUGAUAACAAAGAUGACAACAAUUGUGAGGAUGACAAAGGUGAAAACAAUGGUGAUGAUGAAGGCCGAGAAGGCAUGGAGGUGUUUGAAACUCCAGGGCAAAGCCCCAAAGCAGUAGAAAUCAUGGAAGUGACAUCAUAAGAUGUCUAACUCGAGUCGGAUAGCCUUAAAUUAUGGCAAUUAAGGAUGCAAGUGUUGUUCCCUUAUGUUGGAAGGGUGUCAGUUAGGAUGUCUGUAAAUAGUUACACAGAUGUGUUGGAGAAGCUCACUGCUUUGUUUGGAGUUGGUGGCCUUCGUGGGUGUACAGUUAUGAGAUUAGAGUUUUAUGAUAAUUGUUACUGUUUUUACUGGGGUUUUCAAUGAUUGUAAUUCUGAUUCCUUAGAUUAGCACGGUUCUUCCAGUUUAGUGA